AUGCGCGCACAAGACAAGCCAUCGUGCGCGCCAAAAGCAUUGAGCGAAAACCACUCCAAGACAAGCAUGUCGGCAGUACCACCAGAGAAGAGAGACAUGUUCAUAUCCAAAGCGCUCUCGUACCUUCUUCGGCACGGCGCAGAUAAGGAAAAACUUCCUCUAGAUGAGCAUGGGUGGGCCAAGGUCAGUGAUGUGCUUGCCAACAAUCGCAUCCGUACCCACCGUGCUACCCAAGAAGAUAUUCGUCGCAUUGUGGCCCAGAAUGCCAAACAAAGGUUCACGCUCCGCGAACGGUCGGACGGAGAUUAUAUCUGCGCCAACCAGGGCCACAGCUUGGAACGGGUUUGUCCUGAGCUCGAGCUUUUGACUCUGGAGACCAUGCCGCGCGAAGUUUACCACGGAACGUACGAAAACAAGUUGGAUACAAUUAUGCAACAUGGCUUGAAUCGUAUGGCACGCAACCAUAUCCAUUUAGCCUGCAACGAGCCCUGGAGCCGCCUGGGCUCGCGCGCGAGCUCCACAGUAUUCAUCUACAUUGACAUUGACAAGUGUCUCAGCGCGGGCAUUUCCUUCUACCGCAGCAAAAACGGCGUCAUUCUCACCAGCGGCAACGCGCAAGGCUGCAUUCCGCUGGAAUAUUUUGCCCGAGUCGAGCGCAGGUCGAAAUCAUGA